CCACUCUCCCACAGAUAUAAAUAGGAGGUGGAUUUUUUUACUCCACUCAUUUCUCCUGAAGGAUGAGAUCCCUGAAACACCUCAAACAUCACUCCAGGACCAAUGUGGAGGAGGAGGGCAGCCGUUUGGUGCGGACGUACCCCAAGAUGACCGAGGGCCACAUGGACGUGGGCACGCAGACGGAGCCCGUGGUGGUGCUGUCUCUGGCUCAGGCCGCCGUUCUGGGCCUCAUCUCCCAGAAUGAAAUCUUUGGGGCCACCAUUGCUCCUAAUGGCUUUUACACCGGGGAGCCCAGGGAGUGUGCGCCUCCUCCACCUGAAUCAAUGGAGUAUGAGUACGCAGAUCAGCUAAUAGGGGCCAACGGGGGACUACCUGGCUGAGCCCGCUGGCGAGACGGAGCCUCAGCCCCACUGCAGCGAGAGAAGGAGGCCCGGGCCCCCGCGGGAGGACCAAGAGGCCCAGGAGCGCGGAGGGUCACGCACACAGAGUAGCAAGUCCACAGGCUCAGGUUAAAGGUGAACGGCUCGAGUCUGAUACCCCUUCUUCCUGCAUUCACACGAACACCCGGCGGAGUCCCAAGUCCGCGGAUCCCGUCUCCCAUGUGGGGUCUCUGAAAGAGGAGCGAGCCUGCUGAGACUGUCUCUCGUGUGUGAGAGAGACACCGGGGCCGCCGGCAGACGGACAGCCACGAGAUGAGAGAGAAGACUACACCGGCAAAGAGGGACAGAAGACAGGGACAGCAUAGUGGUGGAAGAGGAGGAAUUGGAAGAGGCGCUAAACCUCAAGACCGGCGGGGACGCUGGCAGUCCUCUGGAGAGCCGCUUUUAUGAGUCCAACGAGGGGCCCUACGAGUCCACCGACAUGGCCCUGCCAGGGGAGUAUGAGGAGAACGGCCAGGCCAUGCUGUGGUCGGACCCGGAGGGUCUCGCCCGGCGAAUGCAGAUCGACCGGCUGGACAUCAACGUGCAGAUCGACGAGUCCUACUGCGUCGAUGUGGGGGAGGGUCUUAAACGCUGGAAGUGCCGCAUGUGUGAAAAGUCCUACACGUCCAAAUACAACCUCGUCACUCACAUCCUGGGCCACAACGGAAUUAAGCCCCACGAAUGUCUGCACUGCGGAAAGCUCUUCAAGCAGCCGAGCCACCUCCAAACCCACCUGCUCACCCACCAGGGAACCAGACCUCACAAGUGUACGGUCUGCGAGAAGGCCUUCACGCAGACCAGCCACCUGAAGAGGCACAUGCUGCAGCACUCGGACGUCAAGCCGUACAGCUGCCGCUUCUGCGGCCGCGGAUUCGCCUACCCCAGCGAGCUGAGGACCCACGAGAACAAGCACGAGAGCGGCCAGUGCCACGUCUGCACGCAGUGCGGCCUGGAGUUCCCGACCUACGCGCACCUGAAGCGCCACCUGGCCAGCCACCAGGGCCCGACCACUUACCAGUGCACGGAGUGCAACAAGUCCUUCGCCUACCGCAGCCAGCUGCAAAACCACUUGAUGAAGCAUCAGAACGUGCGGCCUUACGUCUGCCCCGAGUGCGGCAUGGAGUUCGUCCAGAUCCACCACCUCCGACAGCACGCCCUCACCCACAAGGGCAUGAAAGAAUUCAAGUGUGACGUGUGUGCCAGAGAGUUCACGCUGUCUGCCAACCUGAAGAGACACAUGUUGAUCCAUGCCAGCGUGAGGCCGUUCCAGUGCCACGUCUGUUUCAAGACGUUUGUGCAGAAGCAGACGCUCAAAACGCACAUGAUUGUCCAUCUGCCCGUCAAGCCUUUCAAAUGCAAGGUGUGCGGAAAGUCAUUUAACAGAAUGUAUAACCUCCUCGGCCACAUGCACCUCCACGCCGGCAGCAAGCCCUUCAAGUGCCCGUACUGCACCAGCAAGUUCAACCUGAAGGGCAACCUCAGCCGACACAUGAAGGUCAAGCACGGCAUCAUGGACACCUCCAUAGACGGACACGAACCCCCCAAAGACGCAGAGGGCCAGGAGGACUACGAAGAGGAGAGCUUUGAAUUCAGCGAGCGAGAAAACCGAGCUAACAACAACAACACGCCGGACAUUGCUAAACUAUCUCAAAUGGAGUAUUACAGCACCUAUGGGAAGAGCACAGGGCGCUUCAGUACUGCAUGAAUUAUUGAAAUGAUCCCAGGUUGAAUAUAAGUGUAAACCAAUGAAAACAGGAUUGUUUUUUUUCUUUGCUUUAAAAAGCAUAGUGCUUGGGUUGUUCUUUAAGUGUGUGAAGAAACCCAGCAAACCGCACAUUCAUAUGCACUGGAAUCACUCGUAAUGCUACGAAAUUUGGAAAUAUAUACUUUUUACCAUAUUGCAUAUUUUUCAUCUCUUAAAACACAGCAAAUGUACUGAAUAUAUUGCAUUUGAGAAAAGUGGACCGUCUAAAAGGUGUGCAUCUAGGUAAAAUUAAUAAACACAUCCACACAAAUACAUAAAUGUGGUCCUUGGCUCAAAAGCAGGAACAUCAUCUAAGCCGAAUUUGAAAAGCAACAUAUUUUACGACAUGAUGCUGUUGAAAUGCUCUUACUGCUGGCAUAAACUAAUGUGAUGGGUUGAAGCCCGGAAGAAGUCAUUUCACAUGGCAAAGCUCAUCAAGCUGCAGAGGUCAAUGAUCAAUUGAUUUUUACUGUGAUGAAAUCAAUUUGAGGUCUACAAGAGAUGAGUUACAUCCCAUUGGAUUGGAUCAGCGAUCUGUGUUUAAUUGUAUAUUAUUGUACAGAAUGUAUCACCGAGUCUACUUUUGGGGUAUUUCAUUAACAAGCAUCACCCUGUAUUGAUCUCUAGUCUAUGAAUGUAAUUGUUUCUGUGGAAUGUUUUAAGACGCCAAUCAAAAUACCCUUUUUAAUGGUAGCACCCCUUUACCAAAGAAUUGGAUCAUAUCCUGCAGCUACGGGGGACUGGAGGUCUCUUUUCCUUGCUGUUGUGUUGAGCUGGGACAUUAGAUUUCUCGGGGCCCCAAUCGCAGACCUCAUGAAAUUAGAUUCAGGUUCCCCUCCCACCCAUCUGCAGAUCCCCUCUAAAGAUUACCACAGAGGACCGACUCUUCUCCCUCCGUCUGGCCUUCACCAAACAAAGACUGCAGCAUUUUACAAAGGAAAUCCAAACAGCGCAAUCAUAUUGUAGUUCUGCUUAAAAAAAAGGGUGAAUCUCAACAAGAAGUGUCCCAAAAAAAACCUCAAGACACAAAUAUUAAGUGCCCCAGUGUGUCUGCAAGAGCGUGUCAUCCAUCAAGCUGUACACUGGUCUCAAGUGAUGAACGACAACCUCCCAACAUGUGACAGGGCCACGGACCUUGUGGAAAAUGAUUUUGGAAAUGCUCAAUGUAUUCAGUUUCCCAGUGCUUAGCUUUUCAAAGUUGUAACCUGCAAAACAAGGUAUCCAUUUGCGAUGUUGAUAUAGCGCAUUUAAAAUAAAAACGCUCAAUUUUGUGAG